AUAUAAACAAAUAAGGAAGAAAGGAAUUUCAGUCUCAAUAUAUCCAUUUCACGUUUGGGCACAAACAACAAAGCUCUGAGGUUGUCAUCUUUGUCUUGUUUGUUUGUUUGUUUGUUUCUGCCCCUACAAGACAUGCUAUGCCAUUGCCUUCAAUAAGGGACACAUUGUAACACAAAUGGCGGAAUCGAAUUGGAUUAUCGAAGUUAAUCGAAAACUCGAGAACAUGGUGGAUACUAAGGCAGAGAAGGAGCAUUGGAUGAAGCAAUCAAUCUACAGAGUGCCUGCUGCCAUUGCUGAGCUUAACAAGAAAGCUUACAUGCCUCAAGUUGUGUCCUUCGGUCCUUACCACCAUGGCGAAGACCGUGUAAAGCCCAUGGAGGAUCAUAAGAAACGAGCACUCCUUCAUUUCCUUAAAAGAUCCAACAAGCCUUUGGAUUUGUUUGUAGAGUCUUUGAAUAAGGACUUGCAGAAAUUGAAGGAAUGCUAUGAUUUGCUUGAUCCUAUAUGGCAAGAUGACAAGUUUUUGCAGCUGAUGAUUGUGGAUGGGUGUUUCAUGCUGGAGAUUCUACGCUCUGCUACUCAUACAAUGGAUGAUUAUGCUCCAAAUGACCCAAUCUUCAGCAACCAUGGGAAGAUACAUGUUAUGCCAUUCAUUAAACGAGAUAUGUUGAUGCUUGAGAAUCAAUUGCCAAUUCCUGUUCUCUACAGCUUGGUUGCUGUAGAUAGCAAUGGAACUAAGGAUGAAGAGUUCGUGAAUAAACUUAUACUCAAGUUCAGUUCCCCACAUACGCCCAUCUUGAACAUGGGGCCUUGUUUGCACGUCUUGGAUGUGUAUAGGAAGAGUCUGAUUCAAGACAUACGGCCGGCACGUAAACGGAGAAAACGACUCCUUAAAUAUCGAAGCUCUUCGCACCAGGAUGGUGACGACAUCAUUCGAUCUGCAAUGGAGCUUCAGGAAGCCGGAAUCCGGUUCAAAAAAAGCAAGACCAUGAGCUUCAAGGACAUCUCGUUCCGCAGUGGUGUACUUAAGCUUCCAGUUAUCAUCGUAGACGAUGCGACAGAGUCAAUGUUUUUAAACCUAAUAGCAUUCGAACGUUUCCAUGUCGGGGCAGGCAAUGAGGUGACAUCCUACAUCUUUUUCAUGGAUAACAUAAUUGAUAAUGAGAGGGAUGUGGCACUUUUGCAUUCCACCGGGAUCAUUCAGAAUGCACUUGGAAGUGAUAAAGCAGUGGCUAACCUAUUCAACUCGCUGUCGAAAGAUAUAACGUUGGAUCCAGAGAGCAGCCUGGAUGAGGUGCAGAAGAAGGUGAACAAGUACUGCAAGAAAGCUUGGAAUGAAUGGCGAGCUAACCUCAUCCAUACCUAUUUUAGAAACCCAUGGGCUAUGCUUUCUUUGAUUGGGGCCAUCUUUCUUUUUGCCCUCACUAUAGUACAGACUGUGUACACUAUAUAUCCUUACUACCACGACUCUUCUCCCUCACCCCCUCCUCCACUUGCUCCGCCACCUAAGGCUCCUCCACCAAUUGCUCAGCCUCCUACAGCUCCACCAAUGGCCUCUCCGAAACAUAGGGUUCCUUCACAAUCCAAUCGAACUCACCAUUGAUAUAUGAUAUGGUAAAAUAUAAUUCCCUUCCAGCUAAUAAGAUAUGCUGUUUCUGGCCACCCCCAUCAUGCGCAGGUUGGAUUCAUUGCAGAUUUUUACAAGAAUUUUUGUUUUUUGAAUUAAUUUGAUUCAUAAUAUUGAUGAUAUCAUAAUAUGUGUAUACAAAUAAGAAAUAAGUGGAUUUUGCUCUUUUACUGCAUGAUUCAACACUAUUAUAAGAAGUGGUUAUACAUGCACUAUUAUUACCAAAGGGGAUUUCACUUCUCUUCAAUCCUUAAUAUACCCUGUGAAAUAAUUCAAUGUUAUGAUAUAUUUUUAUGUCAGAAAUUUGUAAAAUGUAAAGGGCUUUAACAGCAGAGUUAAAAGAAUGACAGGAACAAUGUUGUCAUUUGCAAAACUGAGUAGAGAUAUUAGGCUUUUUGUCUGUGGGGUUGGUCAUUAAAAGAGGAAUGGAUCAAAAAAAGGCUCCAUCCCAGUUCCUCUUCUUCCCUCCUAUAUAAUUCCAUUAACCAACCAUCCUAUCCCUGCCCCUCAACCCAAUGUUAUUUUCAUACUAACAACUACUUAAUAAGGCACCGCAGUUUAGCUAUGUGUAUCCAACUUCGAAUAUAUAUUAAUCUUCUUUCCACUUGUUCACAUACUUGAGGAAUGCAUUAGCAGGAUUUUCCCUAGGCGGUGCCCGUACACGAGUUGAUCUCCGCAGCACAGCCUCUUCCAAG